UUCACUGCAGCGCUGUUGUGCUGUACACUCCACUGGUACAAUAUUCUCAAAUAAGGCUGAAGGAGCGCUGAGUCUGUUCUGGCUUCACGUGUACUAGAAGCUAACUGGGAACGGACCAUCCACUUCAACAAGCCCUCAUCAUCAGUUGCUAGAUAGUGGAGUGGUUUUCUUUGGGACUUAACCGGAUCCAGAUCACCCGCUCAACUACCUCUGGGCCCUGCGGUCAACUCGUCACAUUCUGCGGUCCUCCGGCUCAGCUUCACCAUGGUUCUGUGUGAGGACGGCGAGUGCAGCGUCUGCCUGUCGCCCUUCUCGCGGAUGGACAGGGUCCCCCGGGUGCUCCACUGCAGACACACCUUCUGCGAGCCGUGCCUGGAGACCAUGUCGCAGGCCAGGAACGGGCUGCUCACCGUGGGCUGCCCUUUGUGUCGCCGAGUGACCUGCAUAGGGCGCGGCCUCAGCCUGCAGGAAGCCCUGUGGGUCAACAGCAAGCUGUGGGAGCUGAUACCUGAGGACGUGGACGCAGAAGCCGAGGAGGAGGAGGAGGAGGAGGAAGAUGGACGGAAACAAGUAGCUCAGGAGGAAGGGAUGGAGGCUAAACAACAAUCCUCGCUGCAGGCAGAAUGUGCUUCCUCCAGAUCUGCCAGAACGAAGCUCAAGCUGCCUGCGUUCUUCAGAAAGUUCAGUCUGACAAAGCAACACCAAGACAGGAUUGUCCCUGGCAGUAAUGUGGAAAUGAAAUCGUGGCGCAGGCUUUCAACUGAAGACACUGUUUAAAAAAGAGCCGGAUCGAAGAUGAUGCGACAGUUCUCCUCCUAUUCUAUGAUGGCAGACGCCACUAGAAGACUCGACUCGUGGCCGUUAGGACCGAGAAUCCAUUUGUGUUCCUGUUAAGACAUUGUUUUGUCCCCAGCCAAAAGUGCCCCGUCUUCCCCAUUAUUUAUUCUAGGCUUAAUUCUCCCAGCUGGUGCUGUGGGAUUUGGUUCAGCUGUCCCAGUGGGACUCACACCCCGGGACCCCCUCGUAACAGAUCUCCUGAGGAUGUUCCCUUUUGCAUAUCCACUGCUGAAUAUUGAAUAUAACUUAUUGUUCUUCUAUUUAUGACAGCUA